UUCUUCCUUUUCACUCCCUUUCUCCAUUAACAAAUUAUAGCUCAUUUCGCUGUCUGCAAUAUCCACUUUUUCUCCCCACUUGUUUCUCUUCCUUCUCUUUCUUUUUAUUAGAGUUCUUUGAUCUGCUUUCUUUCACCAUAUAUCCAUUUGGGUUUUAAUUUCUUUUAGUUUCAGAGAUGGAAGCGGUGAAGAUGUGGUGAUAUGGUCUUGAAUUUCUCCGGUAAGGGUUCAAUAUAUUAUUACUAUUGAAUUGGGUUUUCAAUAGCAAGUAAUGUUUGACCCUUUUAUGGUGAUCCAUGUUCGUUCUUUAAUUUGGUUGAGCAGAAGGAAAAAAGAAAAAUACCCAACUAAAGCCUCUCGCUAAUCCAUCUCUUAUUCACCAAAAGCCUGCCAUGCACAAAUCUCUUUGAUUCCUAAUAUUCAUUUUUCAGUUCCUCGAGACUUGAUUUUUUUUCCUCUUUUUAUUUUGUAUUUAGUUGUGUAGAGAGUUAAUAGUAGUAGACUAGUAGUUGAGACUUGAGAUUGAGAUUUUCUUGGGUUUGAGUUUAGUUAGUUAAGUGAUAUUUUUUCAAGAUAAUUACUAUUAGAGCUAAGAAGCAAAUUGGAAUUGUUAUAUUUCGUGACUGAUAGGAAAUAAAGUAAACUAGUUGGAAUUAUAGAUAGAUAAAAGUGGCAAAAAUGAGUCUUGGUACGGCCGAGAAUGAUUCGGCAUCAGAAAUUCAUUUACCAGCAGAGAUAGAUUGGCACAUGUUGGACAAAUCCAAGUUUUUCUUUCUUGGAGCUGCUUUAUUUUCUGGUGUAUCAGCUGCACUCUACCCUGUUGUUGUUUUAAAGACUAGGCAACAAGUUUCUGCAACCCAAAUUUCAUCUCUAAAAUUGUCAUUUUCAAUUAUGCGUCACGAAGGUGUUAGAGGUUUUUAUAGGGGUUUCGGUACUUCUUUGAUGGGAACAAUACCUGCAAGAGCUCUUUACAUGACGGCACUCGAGGUCACUAAAAGUAGUGUUGGUACUGCAACUGUUAGAGUAGGAUUUUCUGAUACUACAGCUACUGCUAUUGCAAAUGCUGCUGCUGGUUUAAGUUCUGCUAUGGCUGCACAACUAGUUUGGACCCCAAUUGAUGUUGUUAGCCAAAGACUUAUGGUUCAGGGUUGCAGCAAUAGCAGUAGUGGGUUAGGUCCUUGUAGAUAUAAGAAUGGUAUUGAUGCGUUUCGAAAGAUUUUGCGCACAGAUGGUCCAAGAGGACUUUAUAGAGGAUUUGGGAUAUCAAUAUUGACUUAUGCACCGUCUAAUGCGGUUUGGUGGGCGUCUUAUUCCGUAGCGCAUAGGCUUGUUUGGGGUGGUCUUGGUUGUUCUGCAUAUAAGAAAGAUGAGAACUUUGUUAAUGCUGGUGGUGGUAGGUGUGCUUAUAGGCCUGAUUCAAAGGCAAUGUUGGCAGUGCAAGGGUUAUGUGCAGCUAUGGCUAGUGGAAUGUCGGUUAUGAUUACAAUGCCACUUGACACGAUUAAGACAAGAAUGCAGGUUUUGGAUGGAGAACAAAAUGGAAGAAGACAACCAUUAACGGUUAUGCAAACAGUUAAGAAUCUCGUCAAGGAAGGUGGAUUUGCAGCUUGUUAUAGAGGAUUAGGACCAAGAUGGGUGUCAAUGUCUAUGUCUGCAACGACUAUGAUCACUACUUAUGAAUUCUUGAAACGGUUGUCUACUAAGAGCAGAGAAAGCUUUUAGCAGAGAAUGGCAAAGAAAUGUUUUUUUUUUUUUUCUUUACUUGUCUCAUAGGCCUAGGCUAAGAACUAAGAAGACUUAUCAAUGUAAAUUUUGUUUUUGGGUUUUUGAAUCUUUUUGCUGUUAAUUAUGGGGAAAAAUGGAAAAUGGAAAUCAUUGAAAAAUCUAUGUAACGUGUAUAGUGCUAAUAGCAAGACCUUUUACUUCA